UCUCCAUUUAAGCAUAUCUGUUGGCUUCUUUCUCAAAAAAAAUUUUUUUUUGUCUUUGCCAUUUUUUAUUGGAUUUCCUUGGAAACAAGUAAUUUAUAGCUUUAAAUAACCAUUUAUUAUUUUUACGUUUAUUCUCUAAAAUAUUUAAUUAAUUCAAAAAUAAUUUUAAAAUGCCCUGUACAUGUUCGGAUAUUUUUAAAAUUAUUUGUGCAGUUAUAUUUCCUCCACUUGGUGUUUUAGUAGAGAAAGGAUGUUCAAUUCAUCUGUUGAUAAAUAUGUUUGUUAAUUUUUAUAAAUACAGUCAAGCCUCUAUGUAA